CCAACUUGCCACGUCUCCAACGUUUAGAAAUUCCUUUAGAUGGGCCCCAUGGUUCUACAUUUAAUUGUUUGACCAAUGCAUCAGGUCGAUGUGGCGGACCUGGCGGCUUCAUUGACCUCCACGGGCUCCACCGUGAAUAACAAGUUCUUGCUUUUGCUCUUUUGCUGUUUUGCGUCUGAGUCUGUCCCUUUCCUUCGUUCCGGAACGAUUUGGCGAUUACCCAUCUACUGAAUCCAGGCAGAGGACGAGCGAGUAUGGUUCAGUUGAUAGCCUACCAUAGUUGAGCUCUGAAAUCUUCGACCAGGUCUCAAGUUUCCUUCUCAGUGUACUAAGGUCGCAGUUGCUCCCUGAAAAUGCAUCCUCCUUUGACAUUACACAGGCACCCAAUGUGUGCUGAAAUUAUUGAACUGUUCCAAAAGUGUCAUGUUGACCAUCCUGUUGGAAAAUUCUUUGGAGAGUGUACAGACCUGAAAAUUAAGCUCGACCGUUGUUUCAGGGAAGAAAAAGCCUUAAAGAGAAAGGAGAACUUUGAGCAGAGUAAGAAGCUGAAGGAGAGGCUACAAGCUCACAGGAGGCAAACUGCCGAGUAAAGUCAAGAAUAAGUACUACAUUUGUGUACUAUGAUAAUCAGUGACUAGUUCAAAACUGUGAGUAUUGUUUUAUGUACAUUUAUUCAAACAUCAAAAGUCACAUUGAUUAAUAAGGUUGAAGGAAAUCAAUUCAGGAGAACAGGGGAAUAUCUAAGUCAAGUUUUGGCCA